AUGUUCCAUGUUGGGCCUGCUUCCAUUCUCUCUCUGGCAUCUCUCUCUUUUCAGGAUGGCGUUAGCUCCUCCAAGUUACUGUUUUGUGGCCUUCCCGCCACGUGCGAAGGACGGUCUGGUGGUAUUUGGGAAGAAUUCAGCUCGGCCCAGGGAUGAAGUGCAAGAGAUUGUGUAUUUCUCGGCAGCUGAUCAUGAACCCGAGAGCAAGGCUGAGUGCACUUACAUUUCAAUCGACCAAGUUCCCAGGACCCAUGCCAUCGUGAUAAGCAGACCUGCCUGGCUUUGGGGGGCAGAAAUGGGAGCCAAUGAGCAUGGAGUGUGCAUAGCCAAUGAAGCCAUCAAUGCCAAAGAGCCAGCGGCUGAAACGGAAGCCUUACUGGGGAUGGAUCUGGUCAGGCUUGGUCUAGAGAGAGGGGCAACAGCUAAAGAAGCCUUAGAUGUCAUCGUCACCUUGUUGGAAGAACAUGGGCAAGGCGGGAAUUAUUAUGAAGAUGCAAACUCCUACCACAGCUUCCAAAGUGCAUAUCUGAUCGUGGACAGUGAGGAAGCCUGGGUGCUGGAGACCGUGGGGAAGUACUGGGCUGCGGAGAGAAUCACAGAGGGAGUCAAGUGCAUUUGCAAUCAGCUUUCGCUCACGACUAAGAUCGACGCAGAGCAUACUGAACUCAGGAGUUAUGCUCAGGGUCAAGGCUGGUGGACGGGAGAGGACGAGUUCAAUUUUUCUGAAGUUUUUUCUCCAGCUGAUGACCAUCUAGCCUGCUGUUCAGGCAAAGACAGCUUAGAAAAGCAAGAAGAAAGCAUCACUGUGCAGACUAUGAUUGACAUCUUACGGGACAAAGCCAGUGGAGUUUGUAUAGACUCCGAGUCUUUCCUUACCACAGCCAGCGUAGUGUCUGUCCUGCCUCAGAACAGAAGCUCGCCAUGCAUUCACUACUUCACUGGGACCCCAGAUCCUUCCAGGUCCAUAUUCAAGCCUUUCAUCUUUGUCGACGAUGUAAAACUCGUCCCCAAAGCACAGUCUCCCUGUUUCGGAGACGAUGACCCUGCCAGAAAGGAGCCUCGGUUCCAGGAGAAGCCAGACCGCCGCCACGAGCUGUACAAGGCCCAUGAGUGGGCCCGGGCGGUCCUGGAGAGUGACGAGGAGCAAGGUCAAAAGCUGAGGAAGACGAUGCUGGAACUAGAGAAGCAAGGCCUGGAAGCCAUGGAGGAGAUCCUGACCAGCAAUGACCCCCUGGACCCCACCGAAGUGGGAGAUCUCUUCUAUGACUGUGUUGACACGGAGAUUAAGUUCUUUAAGUGAAAUGUGGGCAUUGGCCACAACAUAGAAAAUGUAUGAAGGCGGAUAUAUUUUAUGACUGGAAUCUUCGGAAAACCCAACCCUUCAGCGUUUUCUCCCUGUAUCCAUUCUGUGGAUAAAUUCACUCUUUAAAAAUAAACACAAAACCAUGAUAUACCACCUCACACCCAUCAGGAUGGUUACUAUCAAAAAAAAACAGAAAAUAAGUGUUGGUGAGGAUAUGGAGAAUUUGUAAUCCUUGUGCACUGUCGAUGGGAAUAUAAAAUGGUGCAGCUGAUAUGGAAAACAGUAUGGAGGUUCCUCAAAGAAUUAGAAAUAGAAUUAGCAUAUAAGCCAGCAAUUUUACUUUGGAGUAUAUACCCAAAAGAACUGAAGGCAGAGUCUCAGAUAUUUUUACACCCACGUUCAUACCAGCAUUAUUUACAAUAACCAAAAGGUGGAAGCAAGCCAAGUCUCCGUCAAUGAAUGAAUGGAUAAACAAAAUGUAGUAUAUCCAAGCAACGGACUAUUCAGCCUUAAAAAGGAAGGAAAUUCUGACACAUGCUACAACAUAAAUGAACCUUGAGGACAUUAUGCUAAGUGAAAUAAGCCACUCUCAAAAAGUCAAAUAUUAUUUGAUUUCACUUCUGUGGGGUACCCAGAAUAGUCUCAUAGAGGCAGAAAGUAGAAUGGUGGUUGCCAGGGGCUAGCGGGGAAGGGGAAUGGGGAGUUACUGUUUAAGGGGUACAGAGUUUAAGUUUUGCAAGAUGAUAAAAGAGUUCUGGAGACUGGUCGCACAACACUGUGAACGUACUUAACACGACUGAUCUGUACCCUUAAAAAUGGUAAAUUUUAUGUUUAUGUGUAUUUUACAAAUUUUAAAAAAUCAUCCGAAUGGCUGGUGCCAUCUAUGCCGAGCAUCUUUAUUUUAAAGCCAUAGAAGCUCCACUAGAGGAAAGGAUGCCGCUUAAGAAAAAAGCCAGCUCUUCCCACUCUUGUGACCGAGAAAUGCCAGAUUGCUUCCAUGAUUUUGUCUCCACGUGACAGGCAAAAUGCAACUGAACGUCUUGCUCAUGAAAAUAGGACUUAGCUACCAGCAACGUGACCUGUGUCAAGGUCAGAGUAGAUGAUGGCCCCAUUUACAUGACAAAGAACUGCUGACUCUUUAAACUUUAUUCUCAGCUCUUUUUUCAUAAACUGUAAACUCUUGCAAAGCUCCAAGGUAACACAGCAUCUGUUUGCUAGGGCUGCCAUAACAAAGGACCACAAACUGGGUUGCUUAAACAACAGGGAUUUAUUAUCUCACAGUUCUGGAGGCUAGAAGUCCAAGAUCAAGGUGUUGGCAGGGUUGGUUCCUCCUGAGGGCUGUGAGGGAGAUUCUAUCCCAUGCCUCUCGCCUAGCUUCUGGUGGUUUGCUGGCAAUCGUCAGCAUUUCUUGGCUUGCAGAAGCAUCACCCUAAUCUCUCUUUUCAUCUUCAUAUAGCAUCCUCCCUGUGUAUGUGUCUGUGUCCAAACUUCCC